UGUAACGGAUCCGCAAGAUAAUCAGCACCGAUCCGAAUACCGAAUCGAGCUUGGCACGAUGGCGGUACGGCAAACCGCGUGCAGAUUGCUAUCGGCAGUCGCUGGUACUGGUCCGUCCUGCAGUGGUGCUGGUGCCGAGGAACAGUCACUCGACACCAUGGCACGGAUCAUUCCGGGCAUAUUUAAACAUUCGCGCUGCCGGAACAACGUGUAUCCGCAGAGUGACGUGCGCCGAUAUCCGGUCCCGGAUGAGUCGGUCUUUUGGACGCAGACGUACACCGACUAUCAGCCACCGUGUCACGAAUCGCCCAUCCUGCAAGGGAAAGAGUGGGCCGAUUUGGAUAUCGAUAAUGCCUCUUUCAAACCGAAAUGGAACGAGCUGGACGGGAAGGUCAAUCGGGUAAGCUUCAUCGGGACGUACGACAUACGGGACAGCUGUCCGUUGAAUCCGUUCGGACGGACCGGUAUCCGUGGGAGAGGAAUACUUGGCCGCUGGGGACCGAAUCAUGCGGCCGAUCCGGUUGUAACGCGCUGGAAGCUUGACGAUGCAGGCGAACCGGUCCUCCAUCCGGAUAGUGGUAAGCGCGUCCUGCAGAUGUGUGCAAUCGAGCGACAGGAUUGUGGCGAAUGGGCCAUCCCGGGCGGGAUGGUUGAUCCGGGCGAGAAGGUUAGCGCAACGUUGCGCCGCGAGUUUCUCGAAGAAACGAUGGACAACGAUGCCGGCGAGAUGGCGGGUGAGGUGGAACAAUUUUUUGCCGCCGGGACAGAAAUUUACAAAGGCUACGUGGAUGAUCCGCGCAACACGGACUGUGCCUGGAUGGAAACGGUUGCGGUGAACUUUCACGAUGAGUCGGGUUCGGUGGUGGGACGGUUCCCGUUGCAUGCAGGUGACGAUGCGGCCAAGGUACGCUGGAUGGAUGUGGGUGAGGAGGUGAAACUGUACGCCAGCCAUUCGAACAUUGUCAAGCGUGUGGUCGAUAUGUUGGAAGCGCACUGGUGAGAGAGAGUCAGAGGAGUGC